AUGAGUGGAGAUAAAGCAAUGAAGGAGGAAGAUGAUUUCCAGAGAAGACCUAAUCCAAAGGGUUGGACUCCACCAAAAGCACCUUAUAAUCCAUAUGAUCCAACAGAUUUAAGACCACCAGAAGGGUAUCCAUCAGAAUUUAAAAUACCCGGUAAUCAGCCAUCAGGGUUUUCUUCUAUACCCAAUAAUCCUACACAAUACAAGAAAGUGAAUGAGACGAUGAAAAGAUUGAAUUACACCCCAAGACCGCCUUCUGAAGUGUAUCCAGGCCAGUAUAAGGUUUUACGUAGAAUCGACACCAACCAGAGAUUAAAUACGGGAUCUCGGUGGUUUGGAUCGUUUCUUGCUGCAAGCGUGGUGGUCUAUUGUGCAUUUUUCCAUCGUUGGAACGACGGGAGGGAGAAUGUUAUGUCAGACUUUUAUCGUGCUAGAUUGAGUCUCAAGGAAAUGUUGAUUGGCCUCAGUGAUCAGGAACACGAUGAUUUGCAUUAUCCAAAGGGUGCCAAUAUAGUAGUUAAGAAUGUUAAGGAUUCCGAUUACAUUCCAGAAAACCUAAGAAAAACCGUUGAAGGUGAAUAUGCCUUGAACAGACCAUCUGAAAGACACGUCUUAGAAGCACAAAGAAUUCAGCAGCAACAAGAAGAGCAAUUGUUAAGAGAAAUGGACGAACACAAGAAAUUUGCAAUGUCUUUUAUGACUGACGAGUCGACGUCUGGUGAAGAAGAAAAUCCUGAGAAGAGAAAGAAAUGGUUUGGAAUUUUUUAA